UGCUAGUGUCUUACGACGCUAGCUUCAUAAAAGCUUCACCUGAGCCAAAACCCACCGUCACGUUCACAUUUUACCCACAGUGCACCUCCUCUUGCAGCCCUGAGGGCGGCUGGCUCAAAACUGCUGCAAGCCGGUAGCUAGACUAGCAAAACACAGCACUGCUACAGCGACUGCUACCGGGCUUGCGCCGCGGUAGCGACAAGACAAGAUGCGACGACCACUCGUGCUGCUCACAGCAACCACCGCCCUCGCCUGGGCGCCGCCGCCGACGCAAUUUGCCGCGGCGCGACGGGGCGCCGCGGCGGCGCUCCCGCAGCUCCGCCCCACCACAACACAUAGAGCCGCACCGGCUGCCGACGCGCCCCUGCCGCCGCCGACGUUGACAACAAAACUCGUGUCGAAGGUAAGGAGAGCGGUCGCACGACCAAAAUGGAGGGGCGCGGCCGCCGUGUCCGCCGGCGCGGUCGCCGCCGCAUGGGGUCUGCGCGCGCCCCUCGCCGCGGUCCUGGAGAAGAGUUUUCUCGGAGACGCGUUUGCGACGUUAUUGAGGGCCGGCGCGCGACGGGACGCUUUAGCUGUAUUACUGGCGUUCGCGGUGGCGGUCCCGGGAUUCAAGGGCUUCGGAGCAUCGCCGGUUUUGGCCUUCCUCGCUUCUGGUGCUCUACUAGGCCCGCACGGCCUGGCGGUCAUCUCUGAUGUGGGCCUCACGCAACGCCUGGCGGACCUGGGCGUGUGUUUCUUUUUGUUCGAGAUGGGUCUCGAGCUAAGUCUCGGCCGCCUUAAGGCGCUGCGGCGGGAGCUGGGCCUGGGCGCGGCGCAGGUCGCGGCGACCUCAAUCAUAUUGGCCAAAUUGGCGACGCCGGCGCUGCGGCUCACGACUACUUCCCAAGCAGCGGUCGUGGGAUCUGCCCUUGCUUUAUCGUCCUCGGCCUUUGCGCUGCGAUUGCUGCGAGAUAGAGAUGAUUUAGCGACAGCUCAUGGAAGGGCUGCGCUAGGUGUGUUGCUCGCGCAGAAUUUGGCGGUCGUACCUUUGCUAGCGGCGAUCCCCGGCCUGGCGGGUCGAAGCGCGGUUGAGGGAACGGUGGGCAAAGCAGUCGCGGCGGCGGCCGCCAAGGGCUUAAUUGCCUUGGCGACCGUGGAGCUCGUGGGAAAACACGUCAUGAAUUCUUUGUUCUUCAUGAGCGCUCAAACCAAGUCGCAGGAAGCGUUUCUCGCAGUUGUCCUACUGAACGUCCUGGGUAUCGCGUCGGUCACGGAGGCGGCGGGCUUACCUGCCGCUCUAGGUGCUCUAUUGGCGGGAGCGUCUCUCUCUCAAACGAGAUACCGCUACCAGGUCGAGGCCGACGUGGCCCCGUUCCGAGGUGUAUUGCUAGGGCUGUUUUUUGCCACGGUCGGUUUUUCGGUCGACUUCGGGGUCGUCGCGGCGAGGCCGAGAGCUGCUCUGGCGGCGACGCUGGGUCUCGUGGCGGCAAAAGCUGCGGCUCUGGUCCCGCUCGGGCUCUUCUUCCGGCUGCCGGCAGCGGCGGCGGCGCGCACUGGGCUACUAUUGGCGCCGGCGGGGGAAUUUGGUUUUGUCGCGGUGGGGCUCGCCAAGGCUUUCAAGGUGCUAGAUGCCUCGACGGCACGACUAUUGACGACGGCCGCCGCGCUCAGUAUGUGCCUCACGCCAGGCUUAGCAGCUCUUGGUGAUCGCUUGGCCGAGCCGUUGGACCGGCUGGAGGCCGCGUGGCUGAGACGGUCUCGAAGAGCGAGAGACGACGCCGCGGUUGGGAGAGCCGUAAAGAACGCCCAGGGCGAGUUGGUGGUGGUGGUAGGAUAUGGACGCGUGGGACGUGUCGUGUGCGAGUUACUGGACGCCAAGCUCCAGAGAUACGUGGUCUUCGAUUUAGAUCCCCAUAAAGCCACCGACGCGCGGCAGCGGGGCAAGCCCGUGUUCUUUGGCGAUCUGGGGAGACCGGAGGUCCUGGAGUACUUUGGGGUUGGAGCUGCUAGGUUGGUUGUCGUGGCGGUCGCCGACAAACGAGCGACGAAUCGCGUGGUCGUCGCAUUGAGGAGGCUAUACCCAGACCUCGAGAUCAUUGCGCGAGCGAGAGACAGCGAACACCAGCGACGGCUGAACAAGAUGCUCGGCGUCGUGGCGAUGGUGCCGACGCUGCCCGAGGACUCGCGGCUGUUGUCGUUGCCGUUCGGCGGCGCCGUGCUCCGCGCUUUGAAUUACAAGAAGGAGGACGUCGACGGAUUGAUAGAGGAAUCGAGGAGAUCCGCUCUGGGCCUGUUCGACGGCGUCUCCGAAACUCUGGUCGCGGAGGAGCAGGCUACAUUACUCGAACAGCUCGGCGUGCCUCAAGAUUCAGAGAACUCCGAGGAGCCGGCCGAGGAGGAGGCCGUCACCGUCUAGCUUUGUCUGCUACCCCUGAACACACCUAACUUAUAUGUCAG